CCUUUGUUCAUCAUCUCCUAAGCUUUACCUUACCAAAUUCCCAAAACUUCUAAAUUCAGUUUGAAGCUAAUGGCAACCAUGACAUCCUUCAAGUCCCAAUUUCUGGUGAAUCCAUUGAAACCGUCGCAAACAACAGCAACAAGAAAUUUAAUCACGGUUCGAUCUCCUCCUAACCUUCACCAGAAGAAGAGGUUUUCAGUGAAGGCUGCAGUGGGAGAGUUAUCCUCUGAUAGCACCACUUAUUUGAUUGCUGGUGCUACUGCUGUUGCUCUCCUUGGUACUGCCUUUCCCAUCAUUUUUUCCCGCAAGGAUACGUGCCCAGAGUGUGAUGGCGCAGGUUUUGUCAGGAAAUCAGGAAGCGCGCUGAGGGCAAAUGCAGCUCGCAAGGACCAAGCUCAAAUUGUAUGUGCUAAUUGCAAUGGCCUUGGCAAGCUCAACCAAGUUGACAAAUAAAUUUUACUCCUAUCGCCUUUUAAAAUCAUGCUUUUCGCCAUCUAAUUAGAUUAAUUUCAUGUUUGGAUUGACUAAUGUACAAAACUUUGGAGGUCAUAUUCCUGUAAUAAUCUUAAUUGAUUUAAGACACGGGAAUAUUCGUAUGUGUUUAGUAUUAUUGGUGAUUAUUACGAGAAUAUGACUCCAAAAAGUUCAUAUAACUUCGAGUUCAUCAAAUGUGGGAUUACUGUACGAAAGAUGCCCAAAAGUUCCAAUUAUAUAGUUGUAUGAUGUUUUGUUAAUUUUUCCCUUUGAUACAUUAUCAGCAAGAUGGAAAUCUGAUACAACCUUUGUGUU